GUUUCCAGCUCCAGACCCGCGCUUGAUCUCGUCACGAUUUCUCAGCCUUGCAGAUGCCAAGCCCAACGCAAACGGCAGGGUCGUGAUCCAUUUGGGCCAAUGCGAUCUCGACCACCCAAUUCACCUUUCAACUUUCCAAACUAAUAUUUCCACCCGUCAAACCUUUGAGUCUCCGUCUUCCAAACAUCGCGCAUUCCAUGGCAACUUCCUCCCUUCCGAACUUUUGAGCUCUCGUGAGAAGGCCAUCAAACCAGGCUUACCAAAACCUCAAAUCCAUCACGAUGCCAUCACUAGAAGCAGAAAGCUACGGCAUUCCAGCCGUUGCAGCUUUUAAGACCCUUCUCGAUGAGGUUUUGCAGCGCGCGCGCACCGUCAAACAGUCGUCGUCGAUCGAGCCCGCCCUCAACAAGUCCGAUUUUGAAGAUCUCCAAACCCGACUCUGGGAAGUGUUCUCUCCGGCGGGGGCCGCCACAGCGGAGGAAUCGGGCGACAAUAAGAGGUCAAGACGAUUUGCGAUUAUUGAGACUGCGGCCCGCGAUACCUUGAGCACCUUGAUUGCCACAACGCCCAUCGAGUCUCCGGAUUUUGUCAAAGUCUGGAACUUCUUCGAUAUACUGUCGAUCCUCUCCGAUAGCGGGCAGUGCGAGCCGGCGCUCUUGUUCUGGCUUGUUGAAGAGCUUCUUGACAGCCAGACAAUUGCGGGGUGCCGCAAGGUUUUCGACUUCCUUGAGUCACGCCGCGAAAGAAUCACGAGCAAACAUUUCGACCAGAAGAAGCUCGCUAUCCUUCGAACAUGCAACGAGCUUCUCCGCCGCCUGUCGCGCGCCGAGGAUACUGCGUUUUGCGGGCGGGUGUUUAUCUUCCUGUACCAAAGCUUCCCGCUAGGUGACAGGAGCUCGGUGAAUCUCCGAGGCGAAUACCAUGUCGAGAACAUCACCACAUUCGACCAAGACCUCCCCAAGGAGGAGGGAGAGAAUGCAGAAAAAAUGGAUGUCGACACGCAAACCAGCGACGCCAGGAAGACCCCGGACCCUAAGAGUGCCUCAAAAGCUGUGUCCUUCGAUGGCAAGAAGCCGCUGGACCCAGAUGCCUUGUACCCGAUCUUCUGGUCACUCCAGUCAAGCUUCAGCCAGCCAAAGAAGCUCUUCGACGCCACCCACUUUGCCGAGUUCAAGGUUGGCCUCGAGGCGACCAUAAGCACUUUCCGCUCCAUCAAGCCCGAUCAGGGAUCGCGCCCUGUCAAGCAAGAAAAGCAGACAGAUGACACCAAGCGCAGUCUGAAGCGGAAGCGCGAGGAUGGAGAUGGAGAUGACGAGCUAGCUAGCACGUUCAAUCCGAAGUAUCUAACCAGCCGGGAUCUCUUCGCACUAGAGAUCAACGACCUUUCCUUUAGGAGGCACGUCCUUGUGCAAGCCCUCAUCAUCAUGGACUUCCUGCUUUCUCUUUCUGCCAAGGCGAAGGAGAAGCUGAGCACCACCAAGCCGCCGCAUAUCAAAGCCGUCAUGUAUUCCGACCAGCUUUUGAGCGAGGAGGAUACGAAAUGGGCCUUCGGUAUGAAGAAGACCAUUGCGGAUUAUAUCCGGCAAGGCACCGAAGGCCCGUACUUCUUCAGAAUGGUCGAGACGGUCCUAUCCAGAGAUAAGCACUGGGUGCGAUGGAAGAUUGAGAAUUGCGUACCGAUUGAGAGGCCCCCGGUCUCGCCGAAGGAGUUCAACGAGGCAAUGGUGGUUGCGCAGAAGAUAACCACCAACAAGCGCCUCCGCCCGACGCCGAUGGGAUCCCUGUCGUUGGGCUUCUUGUCCGAUGGCGUCGAGGACAGCGCCAUGCAGAAGCUGAAGUCGGAGGAACGAUACGAGCCUCCUGAUCUGGUGUCCUUCAAGAGGAAGAUCGCCGAUGACGACUUCGAGAUCGAGAUGCCAACAAACAACAAGACCAAGGCUGCCGCUGUAGAGGGCAAGGCUAGUAAAAGCUGGAGGGCUCUGAGGAUUGCAAGCAAAUACAAGCUUGUGACCUUUGAUAAGAUCGACAACCCCGAGAAGAUCGACCUCAUCUUUGAAGAAGAUGUGCCACAGGAGAUCGAGGAGCCGCAGGAUAGCGCGGCGGGGGCCGCAGAUCUCCCAGAGGAUCGCCGGGCAGUCAUCAUAGCCGGUCCUCAGGGGUCUGGCAAGUCCUCCCUCAUCAAAAUGCUUCUUGAGAGGAAGUCGGGGUCGUUUGCAAAAGUGGCAGCGCACAUCACGCGCCAGCCAGAGGACGGAGAGAAAAAUGGGCAUGAUUUCCACUUUGUCGAUGCCCAAGCCUUCGCCAUGCUGCGGGACGGAGAUCAACUUCUCGAGUUCACCGACACGGAAGGCGUCAACCACGGAACCAGCCGGAAGGCAGUGGAGGCGAUCAGCGAUUCUGGCAAAGUCCCGCUGCUGGAAAUGGAUCGCACAGGCGCACAACAAAUAAAAGAUAACGGGUACACAGCAAGAUUCGUCUUUGUCAAGUCCCCGAAUGUUGAGGUCCUCCAAGAGAGGCUGAAAGAAGGUGGUGUGAGCAGCGACAAGAUGGAAGAGGUUUUAAAGACUGUGUCAGAGGACACCGCGCAUGCGGAUUCUGGUGACUUCUAUGAUGUGGUGAUUGUAAACGAUGAGUUGGAAGAUGCCUACAAAGCUGUGGAGAGCUUUAUUUAUGGCUCAGCAGCCAGUGGCGAUGGAGUCAACGGUGAUCCGGCACAUCAGGCACCCGGGGCGGAUGUACGCAUGGAUGAUACUCCCUCUGGUAUGGAGCCUCGGGCAGAGCAGGUGAAUGGGGCUCAACCGUGAACGCGUCCUUUAAGGCGCCGGAGCAAGCGGUCUGCGUGGAUGUUGCUGCCCUUGAUGGAGAGCCUGGGGCAGAGCAGGCUCGCAGUGUAGAGGGAGGGGAAACUACCCCCUGAGGCACCAAGACGUGCCGAUGUCACUACUAUAUGAAAGCCGGCUUUGUAUCUCUAAAUACUAUAGGAGGCAGGCGAGGCAUGAUACCCGAACUAAGCCCGAGCUAGACCUGCAGACAUAACGGGCAUUGGGCGGUGUCAUUCACAUUUCACAAACUGCCGACCUGAAAAUAUUAUGUGACAGCAAGUAUAUCACAUCACC